AUGGACUCCGCCGUACGGCGCGCUAUCCGGGAUAGCCCCCUUGGUUAUUUCCCCUCUAUGCACGCAGACGAGUACGAUCCCGACGACGGUCUCAAUGACGUCGCUCGCAUAGACCCGGCCAGCGCGCUACCUUUCGAGGUCAUGUCGGCCAUCUUCAUGCACAUCUACGACGCGGCGCCCCUUUUACGGCGCUCUGACCAGAUUGCGCACUCGGUCGCUUGCGUGGACAGGCGAUGGCGGAGCAUCGCUCUCGAGAGCCCCGGCUCUGGGCGACCGUGUCACAAGGAGAUGCCGAUCACAGUCGCCUGCAUCUCGAGGUCGGUGGACUUUCUCGAGGAGUUCAUGCGCCUGGUCUUGCCCCACUCUGCGCGGUGGAGGACGCUCAUCCUCUCCUGCCCGCUAGUCAACUGGCUUGAUCGCAUCUCCUACUGCCCGCACUUCGAGUCUAACUAUCUGCCCUCACUAGCCGACGUCAGCUAG